UCUCCGGCCAAGUAUCCCGUACUACAUACGAGACGAGAAAUGCCAAUUUAAAAGUGGUCCAGCUCCAUACGAAAAGGAGCCAUCGCUCGAUGGAUGCAGCUCACCUCAGCGAGAAUGCAGCACGGCAGCAGGGAUGGCAAUUGCUCUCGUGUUUGCUUUCCGCCCUUCCACGAUCGCGUCUCUUGCGGUUUACCGACGCCUUGGGCCCUGGGCCUCCUGCUACCUGGUUCCUGCUGUCGGCUUGAGGCACCGACUGCACGUCCCUGAAUCUCGACACUGGGAUCAUGGCGUCACCAUUGCAACCCACCCGAAAAGGAGUCGGAAAUCGUCACGUGAACGUCACGUGCGCGACAACUUGCACAUGAUACCUCACGUGAAGAUUGCUGACCGCCAGAGUCAACCGCCAGAGUCACACCACUUAUUCUCGACUAGGACCUAUUCCGGGCAAACGUCCAAGGCUAAAGCCACAGCUUAUUACGGGCUUGACGCUGGGCUGCCGAGUACCGGCCCCUGAGUGGAUCCAAUAUCCCAGUUAUGCAUACGAAAAUCCGUUGAAUAGAAUCUUCUCAUUUCGUCCCAUGCGACCCUUGCCAUGCCUCCUUGGCGUCCCCUGUCGUUUCCCCUGUCUAGCACCACGACGAGCUGUUCCCUUCCAGAUCCUCGCUCGCGUUUCGCCUCUUCGGGCUGUUUACAGUCUUCGGUUGACAACGUCCCACUGUUU